UCCUAUUCAAGGCAUUGUUUUGAUAAACUCUUGAAGUACUGUUCCUGUCCUUUGUGGUGAGUUGUUAUGCACAUGUUUUGUUUAGCCUCUGUCAUGUGUUGUAGUCACAUGGUUCAUGUCAUAUGAUAAACCAGGAACUACAAACAGGUUGUUCAGGUUCUUCUUUCGCCGGUAGAAAUAAAUAUAUAGUGGGGAAGUCGGUUCAUACUGACAUUAGUGUUUUAGAUUCACGUUUACUGAUCACAGUGGACACGCGCAUGUCUGUAAAGUUCACUUGUGAUCGAUCAUGCAAGUGACUCGGGGUCAGAUAUCGCUGUUUCUUUGUCUGCUAUCAUGCGCAUCAUCUCUCGGGACUCGAUAUACGCCCGACUGGGCCAGUUUGGACGCUAGACCUAUUCCUGAAUGGUACGAUGAGGUGAAGUUUGGGAUCUUCGUGCACUGGGGGGUGUUUUCAGUGCCUGCGUUCGGCAGCGAGUGGUUCUGGUGGUACUGGAAGGGAGCACAAAACCCCAACUAUAUCCAGUUCAUGACCAAAAACUACCCGCCUGGAUUCAGCUACACAGACUUCGCACCUGAAUUCCACGCGCAGUUUUUUGAUCCUGACGAGAUGGCUGAUAUCUUCGAAGCUUCAGGAGCAAAAUAUGUGGUCCUCACAUCCAAACACCACGAGGGGUUCACAAACUGGGGGUCCCCGACCUCUUGGAAUUGGAAUUCUGUGGAUAAUGGACCUCACAGGGAUCUGGUUGGAGAUUUGGGCGCUGCGAUAAGAAAGAGAUCACUACAUUAUGGACUUUACCACUCACUGUAUGAAUGGUUCAAUCCCAUCUACCUGAGCGACAAGCAGUCUGGUUUCAAGACCCAGGAGUUUGUUGAAAAAAAAGCCAUGCCAGAGCUCUACGAUCUGGUCAACAGGUACAAGCCAGACUUGAUUUGGUCAGAUGGGGACUGGGAAGCACCUGACACUUAUUGGAACUCUACAGGAUUCCUAGCCUGGCUCUACAACGACAGUCCGGUCAAAGAUGUGGUGGUGACCAAUGACAGAUGGGGGUUAGGCUGUUACUGUAAACAUGGAGGUUAUUACAACUGUGCUGACAAGUACACUCCUGGAGAACUGCCCGAUCACAAGUGGGAGAAAUGUCAGUCAGUGGACACAAUAUCAUGGGGGUAUCGCCGAAGCAUGAAGCUAAGCGAACUGAUGGAUCUACCAUCCAUUAUAAAGGACAUGGUUAAGGUUGUGGCAUUAGGAGGGAAUUACCUGUUAAAUGUGGGGCCAACAUCAGACGGCAUGAUUGCACCUGUCUUUGAGGAACGUCUCAGAGGGAUUGGAGCCUGGCUGAAGGUCAAUGGUGAAGCCAUCUAUGCAACUAAGCCUUGGAGAGUUCAGGCUGAGAAUGCUACCGUUCCCGUCUGGUAUACGUCAAAAAGCAGCACUGUGUAUGCGAUCUUCACCUCCAAUCCCAUGCAGAACUCCUUUAAGCUUUUAACGCCUAAAACCUCCUACAACACAGUGGUGACUUUACUGGGGAACCCUGAGCCUCUAAAAUGGGCUCCUCUGCAGACAUCAGGACUGAUUGUUCUGCUGCCUGAUCUGCCUUUCACACCCGCUGACGCCUGGACCCUCAAGCUGGAUGAGGUGGCCUAAAGCCUUUAACACCAUUUUGUGGAUUUCAAUGAGAUUCUCAGGGAUGUGAUUCCCCCCCCCACAUAUUUUUCUACUUGAAAAUUAUGACACAUUUGAAUGACCUUAAAUAAAGUUCCAAACGUAGGUUCCUCCCGCCUAAUCUUUAAGUCCUGUCAAUCAUUGCUGCGAGCGUAAAUAAGCAGCAGUCGCAAUCCUUCUGGCAUCCCUCCGCCUCCCCUUCUCCUCAAUUUCUUUUCUUUCAUUGUUCUUUUUCUCCUUCACAGCAUACAUACAUAGAGGGGUGUUCGAGUACAACAAGCCAAAUUUGUUAACCAUUAUCUAGCAGGACCAAAUGGGCAGACACUCUCUUGAAACCGUUACUAAUAAAAAUUGCCAAUGGUGAGUAAUCGGCUCAUUUUAUAGUAAAUACUUCACUUAAACUCCAUGUGACAACCAUCUUCCCAAAUCUUUAAUGGGAACUGAAAUCAAAACAGACAUAUAUUAUCAUUCUAAUUUUAAUGUUGAUCUGUAAGUGUUUUUAUUAUUAAAUACUCAGGUUUUCAAAUUUUGCAAUUCAAUGUUAUUUUUGCAUUAGAAAUACAUUAAUACAUUAAUGUUUCCUUGAUUUUUUUUUUGUCCUUCACUUAUUACAUGCCUGAAUUUUGUAUUGCACUUGUUUAAAAAAAAAAGAAAUAAAUUGUGUAAAAAAAUUGUAUUGUUUAGAAUUCAAUUGCUUAAUAAAAACGACCAACUGAAUGGCACAUCAGAAGCAAA